AUGCAGCUGCGUCUGCCGCGCGCCAAGGAUGCUGAACCGCGCAGAAAGCGACCGCCCAUCGUCUCGACAGCCGCCUCGCCACCCUGCGGCAUAUGCCACAAGCAGAUCAGCCGCUACACCUGCCCGAACUGCAACCUCCCCUACUGCUCGCUCGCCUGCUUUCGAUCGCCCGAACAUGCAGCCUGCACCGAUUCCUUUGCGCAGAAGUCGCUCAAGGACGACCUCAACGCCGAGCAGCAGAACGGCGGAGACGAGAAGAAGAAGAUGCUGGACCUCUUGCGGCAGUUCGAGGAGCAGCAGAAGGAACUCGAGGAGAUCCAGCGGGCCGCCUCGGGGGAUGAAGAGGCGGGAUUCGAUGCGGAGAAGCGAAAGAAGGAACGCAAGGAGUUGGAGGAGCGGAUAGCGGGACUCGACCUUGACGCCUUCCCGUCAGAACAGCUCCUCUCCUUCCUCACGCCAGAACAGCAAGCGGCGUUCGAGGCGACUCUGCAAGACCCGAACCGGGUGAACAAGCUGGUUGAGGAGGAGUUUGAGGGCGACGAGCCGUGGUGGAUCGUCGAGCAAGAAGCGAAGCUGCUCAAGGAGAUGCUCGAGGCAAGCAGGAAAGCAGAAGGUGGCGACGCGGCGGAUGCGGAAGACGAGAAUGACCAAGCGGACGAGGAUGUGCGGCCAUCUCCCGUCGCGGCGGACAAGUUGCCGGCGCUCAAGGUCGGGCCCGACGGAAAGGUCAUCGCCAACCCGAACUUGCUCUUCAACGUUGUCUCUGUCCUAUUCGCCUACGCCUUCACCCUGCGCACCUUCUCUCUCGCCUCCUUCUCCUCCCUGCCCGAACGGUCGCCUGAGCGAGCGACCGCGAUCCAGCUGCUCGCACAGCUUUUGCCCUUCCUCGUCGAGCGAUCAACCUCGACAUUCAGCAAUCUUGACGAAGCCUUCGAGUCUGUGGCAGCGCGAGAACCGCAGGGCAUGUCACCUGCGCUCGUUGCGCUCUUGCUGCACGACGUCGCCCAGCUCUUGCGCCCCGCUCCCAUCGCCGCCAUCUCCUCUUCCACCUCCUCGCCACUCGCAUCGCACGCCCUCGCACGCGCCCUCGCCUCCAUCUCCGACCUACAUCACCUCUUCUCUACCGCCGUUGCCACUUCCCAACCCUCGAACGGCGCACAAAGUCCCUCUAGCGGUCCAACCGUCUCGAAGCCCCUCAUCGCACGACCAAGCACGACGACUCCACUCUCGAAGCGCGAGAAACAGCAGUGCACGCUCGCCUCGGCCAAGCUGCUGUUCUACGCGUCGUUCCUGUAUUCGACGGGCAACGAGGUAGUGCAGGCGGCUGAUGCGCUGGCGGAACUGGCGGAACGUGAGGCGAAGCGGAGGGAGGCAGAGGAGGAGGAGCGAGAGAAGGCCGUCGAGCGACGAAAGGAGGACUUGGCGAAGACGAAGGAGGACGUGCAGGCUCAGGAACUGGAUCAGGAGGACGGGUCGAAACCCAAGAUUGUCGAGCUGGCAUGA